CCGAAUGAUGCCGGUGGAGCUACCCCGGCCGCGGCGAGGCCAUGUGCCCGCAAGGCCGAGCUGCCGCGUCAUCGGGUUUGUGCUGUAAGCGACUAAGACCGCCGGCUACCGUUUCAAGUCUAACUAUGUCGCGAACACGCCGGCGGAUAAUGGCUAACUCCUGCCCUUGGUUUGUUUAUGGGGCGGACGGUCCAGAACUCCCUGAGUACCUAGAGCCCCUUGUAAGUGGGGAGAACUAGGCAAGCUAGAAGACAGCCUGUCUCGAGAGUCCAUAAAGAUGUAUAUAAACGACCAUCUUCUUGCCGCGUCUCCAAUUACCAGAUCCUACACUCUUCACCUCCUCACCACCAGCGUCCUCCACUUGCCCUACGCACUGCAGGUGACUCCAAAAGCUCCGCAAAAUGGUCUCCUUCAAGACUCUUCUCCUCGGCGCCGCUUGUGCCUUCGCCUUCCCCUUCAAUGUGACCGAGCUGAGUGAGCUUGCUGCACGAGCCGGCACCCCGAGCGGCACCGGCACCAACAACGGAUACUACUACUCGUUCUGGACCGACGGUGGCGGCACCGUCAACUACCAGAACGGUGCCGGUGGGUCUUAUAGCGUCCAGUGGCAGAAUUGCGGCAACUUUGUUGGCGGCAAGGGAUGGAACCCCGGCGGCCGGCGCACCAUCAACUUCUCGGGCAGCUUUAACCCGCAGGGUAACGGUUACUUGGCCAUCUACGGCUGGACGCAGAACCCGCUGGUCGAGUACUACAUUGUGGAGUCCUUCGGCACCUACGACCCGUCCUCGCAGGCAACCAAGCUGGGCACCAUCACGCAGGACGGCAGCACCUACACCAUCGCCCGCACGCAGCGCGUCAACCAGCCCUCCAUCGAGGGCACCAGCACCUUCUACCAGUACUGGUCCGUCCGCCAGAACCACCGAACCUCCGGGUCCGUCAAUGUGGGUGCUCACUUCGAUGCCUGGGCAAAGUCGGGCCUGCAGCUUGGUACCCACAACUACCAGAUUGUGGCCACCGAGGGCUACCAGAGCAGCGGUUCGGCCUCCAUUACCGUUUCGUAAAUGGAAGCGUGUUGUCGAGUGCCUGUGUUGUGUCGCCGGAUCGAGUCGACUUCAGUAGUUCAGUUUGAGAGGCUUCUGCUGGCUGGUGAUCGGAUAUACAGAGGCUGUGAUGGGACGGAGUUAUGUAAACUUGAAGCAAGAUAUCCAUGGAGACAAACCAUGACGACCAGUUUGUGCUCCCCGUGCUGUGUUCUUUUUGUGUGGUCGGGCGAUGUAUAUACGCUUCUAUAAGUAUGAGCUGUAUAAGUGAGUAG